ACAAGAUGGCGGCAAUAGAUAACCCUCUGGAGAUAGCAGAAGUAGUGGAAAUUGUUCUUCGUUUCCUCCCGGGAAGGUGCGUUUCAGUCGCUGCACAGGUCUGUCAUCUCUGGUGUGAAACAGUGGAGAGGAUUCGAAGAUCAAGAAGAAAAUGUGCCGUCUAUUUAUCUCCAGUUGGCUCAAGCUUCUCAGAAUUUUCCAAGGAAGCACUGGACUUUAUAAGGCAACAGCAAGUCGAACCAAGAGCUUUGAUUCUCUUUUCAGGACAGCUUCCGUCAUCCAGUGCGUCUUUUGUCAAUAACUUUUUGCAGUCAGUGCGAAGCUGUCUCCCAGUGAACUGUCCGUUGAUUGGCUGUACUGGUCUUGGGGUGAUCGGAUCAGAUGAAAGGCGACGAGGUCAGCCGCGAGAAAUAGAGAAUACAGCUGGCUUGUCUCUUUUGAUGUUUCCUCGCUGUGAUGGCCUUGAGAUCAGGGACUUCCAUAUUCCUCUUCGCAACAAGUAUAAGAGAAUAAGUGGUGUCAAAUCAUUUCUUCCUGAUAUGAACCUGCCGGUUCAGUUGGUGAUAGUGUUAGCUCAUCCUUUGUCUCUGGGUAAACUUACGCGUUUGACCAUGGCAUUAAGGUCGAAGUAUGGCGAUGACGUGGUUAUUGUCGGGGGCUACAGUGACAGUUAUUUAUUCUACAACACAGAAGUCACGACUCGAGAGAUUAUUGGCCUUGUCUUAGCUGGAAAUUUACAAUCGUCAUCAGUAAUCAUAACAGGAGGCACAAAAAUGGAAUCUACGGAUAAUCUCUAUGAUUCAAUUCACAGACUUGACAGCUCCAGUGUACCGAAAGAAGACAGUUUUAGUUUGAUGUUUUCAUGCUUUUCAAGGGGUAUCAUGACGUAUGGAUAUGAAAAUGCCCAGUCGUUGGCAUUUAACGAUACAUUUCCUACCAACCCUCUCGUAGGAUUUUUUGGAACAGCAGCGUUUGGAUGUGACAGGGAAAAUUUGAAGGCUAGAGGUUUAAAGCCUGGAGGUCGAGAUUUCUUACACGUUGAUGCAACGGUGCUCUGUUUAACCUCACUGGCACUGUAA